ACCAACAACAACGACGAGACACCGCCGCUUUUUUUAUCCUUCAGACGUAGAGAACAAUGUUCCGGCGAUUAUUUAUCGUUCGCCUUCUCUUUUUAAUUCCACUGGCUUCAUCGAGAUCCAACCAUAGUCAAGAAGUCGAGAAUCUUCUCAAACUGAAAUCCGCCUUUGGAGAAAAUGACGAAGUCUUCGCCACAUGGACUCACCGGAACUCGGUAUGCGAAUUCGCCGGAAUUUUAUGUAAUUCCGGCGGAAACGUCACCGAUAUCAAUCUCGGAAGUCAGAGUUUGAUCAAUUGCGACGGCGGUGGUAGAAUUACUGAUCUUCCUUUCGAUUCAAUCUGCGAUUUGAAGUUUCUGGAGAAGCUUCUUCUAGGAAACAACUCCUUGAGCGGCCGGAUUAGUAAGAAUCUCAGGAAAUGUAAUCACCUGAGAUACUUAGACCUCGGCAUCAACAAUUUCUCCGGUGAGUUUCCGGCGAUUGAUUCAUUACAAUUACUCGAGUUUUUGAGCUUAAACGCUUCUGGAAUCUCUGGACUAUUCCCAUGGAGUUCUCUAAAACACCUGAAGAGAUUGAGUUUCUUAAGCGUUGGAGAUAACAGAUUCGAUCCGAAUCCAUUUGCUAGAGAGAUUCUAAAUCUCACUGCCUUGAAAUGGGUUUAUCUGAGUAAUAGCAGUAUCACUGGUAAGAUUCCAGAGGGAAUCAAAAACCUUGUUCAUCUACGAAACCUUGAGCUCUCUGAUAAUCAAAUCUCUGGUGGAAUUCCAAAGGGAAUAGUUCAGCUCAGAAACCUAAGGCAGCUUGAGAUUUACAACAAUUACUUGACCGGUAAGUUACCAUUCGGGUUUCGGAAUUUGACGAAUUUGUGGAAUUUCGACGCCUCUAACAACUCCUUAGAAGGUGAUUUGUCCGAGCUAAGGUUCUUAAAGAACCUUGUUUCUCUUGGAUUGUUCAAAAACCGACUAACCGGUGAGAUUCCAAAAGAGUUUGGAGAUUUCAAGAGUUUAGCUGCUUUGUCUCUUUACAGAAACCAACUCACUGGGAAGCUUCCGAAGAGACUCGGAUCUUGGACCGGUUUUAGAUACAUCGACGUGUCUGAGAACUUAUUGGAAGGUCAGAUUCCUCCUGAUAUGUGCAAGAAAGGCGCAAUGACGCAUCUUCUGAUGUUGCAGAACAGAUUCAUAGGACAAUUUCCAGAGAGCUAUGCUAAAUGUAAGACUCUGAUUCGUCUUCGUGUAAGUAACAACUUUCUCUCUGGUGUGAUUCCUUCAUGGAUUUGGGGUCUUCCUAAUCUCCAGUUUCUUGACCUUGCUUCAAACCAUUUUGAAGGAAACUUCACUGAUGAUAUUGGUAAUGCCAAGUCUCUUGGUUCUUUAGAUUUGAGCAAUAAUAGAUUUUCGGGUUCUCUACCGUUUCAAAUCUCAGGAGCUAACUCGUUAGUGUCGGUUAAUCUUCGAAUGAAUAAGUUUUACGGGAUAGUUCCUGACUCUUUUGGUAAGCUUAAGGAGUUGUCAAGUCUCUAUCUUGACCAGAAUAAUCUAUCUGGUGCUAUACCAAAGUCACUAGGCUUAUGCACAUCUUUGGUUGAUCUAAACCUUGCUGGAAACUCACUCUCUGAAGAAAUCCCGGAAAGUUUAGGAUCUUUACAGUUAUUGAAUUCUCUGAAUCUGUCAGGAAACAAACUAUCAGGAAUGAUUCCUGCUGGUUUAUCGGCUCUGAAGCUAAGCUUACUUGACUUAUCCAACAACCAGCUAACUGGUUCUGUUCCAGAAUCUCUCGAAAGUGGAAACUUUGAAGGAAAUUCAGGGCUAUGCAGCUCAAAGAUCGCAUAUCUUCAUCCAUGUCCCCGUGGAAAACCUCAAAGCCAAGGGAAGAGGAAACAUUUGUCUAAGCUCAACAUUUGUUUCAUCGUUGCAGCGGUACUUGCUCUGUUUUUCUUAUUCAUUUACGUGAUCUUCAAGAUAAGACGAGAUAGGUCGAAUCAAACGGCUCACGGGAAGAACAACUGGCAAGUGAGCUCUUUCCGGUUACUAAACUUUAACGAAAUGGAAAUCAUUGAUGAGAUCAAGUCAGAGAAUCUCAUAGGCAGAGGCGGUCAGGGGAAUGUUUAUAAAGUAACACUAAGAAGCGGUGAAACACUAGCUGUUAAACACAUCUGGUGUCAGGAGAGUUCCCACGGAAGCUUUAGAAGCUCAACGGCGAUGUUAAGUGACAGCAACAACAAAAAUAAUAACCGAGAAUUCGAGGCAGAAGUCGCGACGCUAAGCAAUAUAAAACAUAUAAACGUUGUGAAGUUGUUCUGCAGCAUAACGUGUGAGGAUAGUAAGCUGCUUGUAUAUGAGUAUAUGCCUAAUGGAAGUUUGUGGGAGCAGCUGCACGAGCGUCGUGGUGAACAAGAGAUUGGGUGGCGUGUGAGACAAGCAUUGGCUUUAGGAGCUGCUAAAGGGCUGGAGUAUCUUCACCAUGGCCUGAUUCGGCUCAACGAGAAUUAUCGGAUCCUCUUGUUAGAGGAACUCUUGGUUACAUUGCCCCCGGUUAACUUAUCUUCGGGUUUCUUGCUUAUCAAGCUUCAAAUUCCUUUCAUUUCGUUGUUGUUCACAGAGUACGCGUAUACUACCAAAGUGAACGAGAAGAGCGACGUGUACAGCUUCGGGGUGGUGUUAAUGGAGUUGGUGACAGGGAAGAAGCCUGUGGAGACAGAGUUCGGCGAGAACAGUGAUAUAGUCAUGUGGAUUUGGAGCAUGAGCAAGGAGAUGAAGAGAGAAAUGAUGAUGGAAUUAAUCAAUCCGAGUAUAGAAGAUGAAUACAAGGAGGAUGCUCUUAAAGUAUUGACCAUUGCUUUAUUAUGCACGGACAAGUCUCCUCAGGCUAGACCGUUUAUGAAAUCAGUGGUUAGUAUGCUAGAGAAAAUAGAGCCUUCCUACAAGAACAAUGGAGAAGCAAGUUACGAUGAGAGUGCUAGUGAUGAGAUUACUAAAGUUGUAUAACGCAUAAUCUCAUAUAUAAAUUGCACUUGAUAAU